AUGCAACUGGAUCUGAUUCCCAUGGGUACACGAGUCAAGACACCCACUGAUGCCAGCACUAAGAUGCCCAUAGAUACUAGGGCCAAGGUAGCCAUCGGUGCCAAUGCCAAGACGCCCCUGCCUCCUUCCAGUGCCAGAGGAUGGAGAGCUGCUCCUGUGCGCUCCCCCCGGCUCCGGGCCCUGGAGUCCGCGGAGGCGGCGCCCCCCUGGGCAGCUGGGCACCCUGGGCAUGGUGGCGUGAACCAGCUGGGGGGAAUCUUUGUGAACGGCCGCCCCCUGCCCCCUUGCAAGAGGAAGCGGAUCAUCGAGCUGGCGGCGAGUGGGGUGCGCGCCUGUGACAUCUCACGGAGCCUGAAGGUAUCCAAUGGCUGCGUGAGCAAGAUCCUGGGCCGCUACUACCAGACAGGCGCUGUGGAGCCGAAGGCCAUCGGUGGCAGCAAGCCCCGCAUGGUCACCCCAGAGGUGGUAGCCCGAAUCUCGCAGCUGAAGCUGGAGCACCCGUCCAUCUUCGCGUGGGAGAUCAGGAGGAAGCUGCAUUCUGAAGGCAUCUGCGCCAGUGACCGGACGCCCAGUGUGUCCUCCAUCAACCGGGUGCUGAGGAACCUGCAAGGGGACUUGCAGCUCACAGCUGACUUCGGUUUCAUGAUGGAGCCGUCACCACCAGGUUUCCCCUGGCCAGGAGAAGCUGGCAGCAAGGUCUCAGCAGAGGCACCCGCAUCCCGAUGGCACCCUGGGAGGAGCUCAGCAUCGGCCAGGGGACCCCUGCCGGGCGUCCAGCACAGGAACAGAACAAUCUUCUCAAGCCAGCAGUCAGUGGCCUUGGAGAAAGAAUUCCAGAGAGGGCAGUACCCCGACUCCGCUACCCGGGAGAAACUGGCCUCAGCCACCCAGCUCCCCGACACCACCAUCAGGGUUUGGUUUUCAAACCGAAGAGCCAAAUGGAGACGAGAGGCGAAGCUGAAGCUGGAGACUGAUUGUGCAGGGUCGUGGUGUGACCGGAUUCUAUCCCCGCUUGCGCCAGCUCUGCAGGCCUUUGCUGCUUUCCAUCCGUCCUCAAUGACCGACACCAUCUCCACACAGACGAGUCCUGAAGGAGCAAAGCAGCUGGAUUCCUGUGGGAGAGGCGCUGGCCUGGAGCAGAUUGGGGCCCUGAGUCUGGAGUGUCCCAUCAAGCGUGGCCUUGCUCCUAGUGGGAUGUCUGGGUGA